CACGGUUACGCUUAUAGACAAUGUCGCUGUUGACCACUGCUCACUUACAAUUCAUUGUUACGAUACUUUUGUAUUGUCUUGGACAGUGUGUGGAAGAUGCAGAUUAUAACAAUUCCGUAUCUUGUGACUUCCAGAAAGAUAUGUGUGGAUGGAAAUCGCCUAAAGGUUUUGCAUAUUCAGACCGGGUGAUCGGUGUUUGUGGAUUAGGAGGAAACCAAUAUCAUUGUUUUCUUUCCAAUCAAUUUCAAGCUCAUCCAUGGAUUCGAGGAGAUAUUAAAUCAAUACCAUUAAAACGUCUAGGUUUUCCCGUUAAGAUUCGUGAGAGGAUAAGGAAAAUUGACAACCGCUUUGUUCUUCUUUCUGCAAGAAACACUAACAGACAAAAGAGAGAGAUUAACGAUGUUUUAAGUGCAGAAAUUCCACGUUCAAUGAAGCACCGCUGUCUUCGCUACAAACACUUGGUUAUUGGACAAACCACAGCUUUAGUUGUUGGGUACAUCAAAGACUACCUGGAACCAUUUGAUUUGUCGCACAUUCUAAACGCUCACGGCAAUUCCCCAGUGAUCAAAUUUAGCAGUGCAUCAGUCACUCUUCCAGUCGGUGGCAAAUUUAAGGUGGUAUUUCGGGCUUUGUUUGACAGCCCACAGAACGAGGUAAACUACGGACUAGCACUAAUUACCAAUGUAUCCAUCAACAGUGGAAUUUGUGAGAUGUGCGAUGCGACUGAAUUCAGCUGCAGUCGUAGUUCAGACGAGUGCAUUCCCCUUAACAGAGUCUGUGAUUUGAAACCCGACUGUCUCAUGGAGGAAGAUGAGAAAGACUGUGGUAUGUAUUUCUUGGUCUAUUAUAUAUUUAUCCAUUGUCUAUUAGGGGAUGUGUAGCUCUGGUCAUGCGGUAAACGGCAAAAUAAUUAUCUUUCUAUGGCAUAAUUAAUUUCUUCAAUUAUGGUACUUCCUGUUGUUAAAACACACUGGUAUCCAUUCACAAUUUAUUUACAUGUCAUUAUCAUCUAAUAUAAUCAAUUCCUUAGACUUUCUUCGGCAGGGGAUGCUUACACCUCCUCUGAUCCCACCUCUGCUGUGUCCAGGGGUCAUGUUUGCCCACCUAUCUAUUUUGUAUUGAUUUUAUGGGUUAUGAGAUUGACCGCUGUUCAUUAUUUUCACUUUUCACUAUAAAUAGUACACAUUUACAAACAGCAUAGCA